GGUGGUGCAGCAACAAACCGUCAAGGUCCAAGCUGGGCUGUGCUGUGCGGCACGACUUCGUUCUUCCCCUUUGCGCGUCUCCCUCUUCCUGUUCGUCCGAAGUUGGAGAUGGCUAUUGCGCUGCCUCCGCAUCCCGAUGGCGACCAUGCUCCCCAAUCCGAUCCUCUCCCAUCCUGGUUCUCCCCCAGGAGAUUGCUUGUGAUAUUUUGCGUCAUCAACAUGCUAAAUUAUGUUGAUCGAGGUGCAAUAGCAAGCAAUGGUGUUAAUGGUACCCAAACAACCUGCACAGAGAGCGGCACUUGUACUUCAGGCACUGGAAUCCAAGGAGACUUUAACCUGAAUUAUUUUGAAGAUGGUGUAUUGUCUUCAGCAUUCAUGGUGGGCCUAUUAAUUGCUUCCCCAAUAUUUGCAUCCCUGGCAAAGAGCCAUAAUCCUUUUAGGUUAAUCGGAGUGGGACUGUUGGUUUGGACUAUUGCUACUGCUGGUUGUGGUUGCGCAUUUGAUUUUUGGUCCAUUACAAUUUGCCGAAUGUUGGUUGGAGUUGGUGAAGCUUCCUUUAUAAGUCUCGCAGCUCCAUUUAUAGACGAUAAUGCUCCUGUUGCUCAGAAAACGGCCUGGCUUGCGCUCUUCUACAUGUGCAUACCUUCAGGCAUCGCAAUUGGCUAUGUAUAUGGUGGACUGGUCGGCAGCUAUCUUCAUUGGCGCGUUGCAUUCUGGGGAGAGUCAGUUUUGAUGCUUCCAUUUGCUAUUUUAGGCUUCACCAUUAAACCUUUACAGCUGAAAGGUUUUACACCAUCUAUACUGAAAAAAUUAGAGGGUGCUGGAGUAAUGAUUCAAGAUGAACAGGAUGCCCAAAGCGAGACACAUGCUACACAUGGGAACUUAUCUGUAAAAGAACCACAAAAUUUCUCCUUACCUGCUGGUGUGGGUAGGAUUGCAAGUCAACUAUCCAGGGUUUGGAAAGAUAUGCAACUGCUUCUGGCUGAGAGGGUUUAUGUGGUAAAUGUUCUAGGUUAUAUUGCGUACAAUUUUGUUAUUGGAGCCUAUUCAUAUUGGGGUCCUAAGGCUGGUUAUGACAUCUACCAUAUGAGCAAUGCUGAUCUGUUGUUUGGAGGUAUAACUAUAGUCUGUGGAAUCUUUGGAACUCUAGCUGGUGGGUUCAUUCUUGAUUUUGUGGAUUCUACAAUUUCCAAUGCUUUUAAGCUUCUUUCUGGAGCAACCUUUCUGGGGGCUAUUUUUUGUUUCAGUGCUUUUUGCUUCAAGAGCCUCUAUGGCUUUAUAGCAUUCUUUUCUAUUGGAGAGAUACUUGUCUUUGCCACACAGGCUCCAGUAAAUUAUAUCUGUCUUCACUGUGUCAAUCCUAGUUUAAGGCCACUCUCAAUGGCUAUGUCAACUGUCUCUAUUCACAUAUUUGGCGAUGUUCCAUCCUCUCCUUUGGUUGGUGUUUUGCAGGACUAUGUUAACAACUGGAGGGAAAGUGCGCUGAUACUAACUUCAAUUCUGUUCAUUGCCUCUGCAAUAUGGUUUUCAGGCAUCUUCAUCCCAAGUGUAGAUCGCUUUAAUGAAGAUAGCGAUCAAGGUGCUCAAACAGCCCAAAGACCACUGCUUGAUGCUAACAAUGAAGCAUCAGCAGAAACUGCCUAAGAACCACCACGCCAUUCAAAGUUCACAGACAAUUUAUCGCUGCUGCCGUGCUGUUGUAGGAAAGAUUUACUUCAAAGUCGUUGUGUGUAAAUAGAGCAACGACGACCCCCAGGAUCUGACAACUAUUUCAUAAGAUUAUAAAUGAUUUAUUUCUUUGAUGUAUAUAUUUUUCUCGGAAAAGUCUUGCAAAGAAGGGCAAGAGUUACGUACCCUUUUAUGUGUAUUGUGUACAUGAUAACUUGAUUCUGUAAUAUGUAUCUUUUGUACAGGUUUAGAUCGACAAAAUUGUAGAGCUUUACGUUAAAGUUGUCAAAUGUUAUCAUGAUAUUGAACGUA